AUCACGUGACCAGCGGCACUUCCUCAAACUUGAGGCAGCGCGUGGUCUUCUGCGUUUUCUUCAUUUGGCUCGUGAGUCCGAAGGUUCGACGAUGUUCGGUACCGUGAGUGUCGUCCUGCUCGCGGUGCUGCUUACCGGCUGCUGCGUCGACGGCUCCGGGCCCAGCAACAUCCUCCUCAUCGUCACGGACGACCAGGACCUCCAGCUGGGGGGCAUGACACCAAUGAAGAAGACAAGGUCGCUGAUCGGGGAGGCGGGAGCGACCUUUGUCAACUCGUUCACGGCGACGCCGCUGUGCUGUCCGAGCCGGAGUAGCAUCCUGACGGGCCGCUACCCCCACAACCAUCGGGUGAGGAACAACUCGCUGGCCGGGAACUGCUCCAGCGCUCUGUGGCAGAGCGGUGCCGAGGCGGACGCCUUCCCCGUCUACCUCAACAAGCUACAGUACCAGACCUUCUUUGCUGGGAAGUACCUCAACCAGUACGGCAAGAAGGAAGCGGGCGGUGUCGGCCAUGUUCCCCCGGGCUGGGACCAGUGGCACGCACUGGUGGGGAACUCGCGUUACUACAACUACACGCUCUCCAACAACGGAAAAGAGGAAAAGCAUGGUGACGAUUAUAACCUCGACUACCUCACCGACCUCAUUGCCAACAGGUCACUGAACUUCCUGGAUAACAAGAGCCCGCUGCGGCCCUUCUUCCUCAUGUUGGCGCCGCCGGCUCCCCACUCCCCCUGGACCGCCGCGCCGCAGUACCAGAAGCACUUUGAGGACAUCAAAGCCCCCCGAGAUGGAAGCUUCGACAAAGCCGCAAAGGACAAGCACUGGCUGCUCCGCCAGCCCGUCAAUCCCAUGCCCAACACCUCGCUCACCUUCCUGGAUGACGCGUACAGGAAGAGGUGGCGGACGCUGCUGUCGGUGGACGACAUGGUGGAGAAGCUGCUGAAGAAGCUGGAGGCCACCAAGGAUCUGAACGACACUUACGUCUUCUUCACGUCCGACAACGGCUACCACACAGGUCAGUUCUCGCUGCCCAUCGACAAGCGUCAGCUGUACGAGUUUGACAUCCGGACGCCGCUGCUCGUCCGCGGCCCCGGCGUCAAGCCCAACCAGACGCUGAAGGCUCCCGUGCUGAACAUCGACCUGGCCCCCACCAUCCUGGACAUCGCCGGCGUCAACGUGUCCGCCGUCAACGUGGACGGCCAGUCCUUCCUCUCGCUCAUGGCGCCGUCGCUGAGGAACGGCUCGGCGCGGCCCUUCUUCCUGGUGGAGCACACGGGGGAGGGGCUAACCAGCGGGGUCCCCGCCUGCCCCAAACUGGGCCCCGGCUUGUCGCAUUGUUUCCCCGACUGCGUGUGCGAGGACGCCGUCAACAACACGUACGCCUGCGUGCGAACGCUCGACGGCCGCGACGACCUUCAGUACUGCGAGUUUGCAGACAGCGAGUCCUUUGUGGAGGUGUACAACUUGACCUCUGACCCCCACCAGCUGGAGAACGUGGUCAAGAAGGUGGACCCCAGCGUGCUGCAGACCAUGAACCAGCGGCUCAUCAAGCUCCAGUCCUGUCAGGGCGCCGGCUGUCGCUCCGUCACGUAGACGCCAGCUUCCUGUCCCUUCUGUUGUCAUGACAACGUGCACAAACCUGCCAUUUUGUUUGCACUAACAGAUCUUUUAAAAAAAAAAGAAAAAAAGACAUGAAGCUCGAGGGACGUACAUCUAAAAGUCCACUCUUCACGGUGAGUCCGAUUCUUCCCACUCCGCUUUUAUUCUGAAAAUGUUGUAUGUGACGAUGUGAAACAUUUGAUUUUACUCCUCAGGUUAAGCUCCACAUUUAGCUCCGCCUCCUCACUUUUACUGAUCAUGUUGAUUUUGUUGUUCAGACACUUAAAAAAAAAAAGAAAAAAAAAAAAAAAAAAUCCUACCUAUUUCAAGAUUUUUUAUGUUCAUAUUUUUUUUUUCCUGUAAUUUUGCAGCCUUUUUGCACUGCUGAGGUGUUGACUGUGAACAUUUAAACUGUGAUCAAAGCAAUCCAAGGGAAUAUAAAUCCUCAUGUUUA